AUGUCUGGCAGAGGCAAGGGCGGGAAGGGGCUCGGCAAGGGGGGCGCCAAGCGCCACCGCAAGGUGCUGCGCGACAACAUCCAGGGCAUCACCAAGCCGGCCAUCCGCCGCCUGGCUCGGCGCGGCGGCGUGAAGCGCAUCUCGGGCCUCAUCUACGAGGAGACGCGCGGCGUGCUGAAGGUCUUCCUGGAGAACGUGAUCCGCGACGCUGUCACUUACACGGAGCACGCCAAGAGAAAGACAGUCACGGCUAUGGACGUGGUCUACGCCCUCAAGCGCCAGGGACGCACCCUCUAUGGCUUCGGCGGCUAAAGCUCGAUGGCACGUACGAAGCAGACGGCGCGUAAGUCGACGGGCGGGAAGGCGCCCCGCAAGCAGCUGGCCACCAAGGCGGCCCGCAAGAGCGCGCCGGCCACGGGCGGCGUGAAGAAGCCGCACCGCUACCGGCCCGGCACGGUGGCGCUGCGCGAGAUCCGGCGCUACCAGAAGUCGACGGAGCUGCUGAUCCGCAAGCUGCCCUUCCAGCGGCUGGUGCGCGAGAUCGCGCAGGACUUCAAGACUGACCUGCGCUUCCAGAGCUCGGCCGUGAUGGCGCUGCAGGAGGCGAGCGAGGCCUACCUGGUGGGGCUCUUCGAGGACACCAACCUCUGCGCCAUCCACGCCAAGCGCGCUGCAGAUAGUGGCACCAUGUCUGGCAGAGGCAAGGGCGGGAAGGGGCUCGGCAAGGGGGGCGCCAAGCGCCACCGUAAGGUGCUGCGCGACAACAUCCAGGGCAUCACCAAGCCGGCCAUCCGCCGCCUGGCUCGGCGCGGCGGCGUGAAGCGCAUCUCGGGGCUCAUUUACGAGGAGACCCGCGGCGUGCUGAAGGUCUUCCUGGAGAACGUGAUCCGCGACGCCGUCACUUACACGGAGCACGCUAAGAGGAAGACGGUCACGGCCAUGGACGUGGUCUACGCCCUCAAGCGCCAGGGACGCACCCUCUACGGCUUCGGCGGCUAA